GUCAUAAAGGUGGGGUCCUAAUUCGGAUGACUGGUGUCCUCAUAAGAAGAGACACCAGGGAUGCCUGGCCACAGAGAAGACACCACAGGAGGACACAGCGAGAAGGCAGCCACUUGCAAGCUAAGGAGUUUCAUCUGGUUAUUUGUCAAAUAACCUGGUGUUUUAUUGGAAAUGGCAGAGGAGUACACCGAGUGAUUAUAAGAACAAACAGAACUUGUCCUCACGGAACAUCUGUUCUUCCCAGACAUCACUGUGGUUUUCAAAACAGGGCACUGAGGAAUGGCAGGGAGCCACUGGAAGUCUGCUUGCCUCUAACUUUGAUGAAGUUUGAAGAACCCUUUCAUUCCUCCUCACUCCUGUUUCCAAGCAUCUCCAUGCCUAUCUUGCUCCACGCUGCUGCCACUGCUUGUCUCCGCCCUAGGACUGAUGAUUUUACAGCCAUAACUGUGGCUGUAAAAAAGGAAGAAGUCAGGGAGGAUAAUGUGACCAGAAGAGGAGCCUUUGGCACCAAUUCUUCAGAAAACAAUUUUACUUCAGUAAAAUUUACUCAGAGAAAUGAACCAAAUGAUCACCAUCUUAGCAAUAAAGCCAUCUUUCUUCGUACUUCGUCACAGUGUUCAGAAGAGGAACAGAUAGUGAUGGAUGAAGGCCAAAAAGUUGGCAGUUCCUUUCAAGGUGAUCUGAAUCGGGCAGGAAAGGUGAAGGUAGACAACUUCCUUGAUUUAGAAGAUUUGGACUUGGAUGAAGAGAUUAAGCCCCAAAUGAAUUUGCUGCUGCUUCCAGGAGAGGUGGAGCAGGACAUGAGCAUGAGUGUUCCUUCUUACAUUCCUUCCGUGGCCCAGCCUCUUAUGUCUGGAGUGAAGCCAAGGCUCACUGGAAAAGGAGCAGACAAACAAAGGGAAGAGAUAGUCGGAGAUGAAGUUCGGCCCUUCUCACUUGAUGAAGAAUUUGAUUAUGACGCUGUGAUGCUGACCCCCAAGUUCACUCCUGCAGAGAUAGAUGCCAUCAAAGAGCUAUGCAAGCAAAAGAGCAAGAGCACAGACUUAGAGAAACCCCGUGACUGAUCCACCAAGACAUCUUCGUGUUUAUUUUUAUUUUGUUCUUAUUCGAGCAACUUUACAAUAAAAUAUAUACCUACUAUAA